UUUUAUCGUGCAAAUCUUUUAAAAUUAAAUUAAAACGAAAAUUAAUCUGUGUGUUUAUCUAUUUAGAUUUCAUAAAUAAAACUACAUUUUAUACAGAUCUGAAACGGGAUAAAUUUUUAAAGCCGAAAAAUGUCAAAGAGUAGUUCAGGAAGAGAUCGUGAUCGUGAAAGGGAACGUGACAGAGAUCGAGAAUAUGAAAGAGAGCGUGACAGAGAUCGUGAUAGAGAAAGAAAACGUCGUUAUUCCAGGAGUAGAUCUCGAUCGCCAAAGGACAACAGAUUCGCCCGCAAUGGUAAUGGCAACAACCGAAUGAGGGAUGAAAGAAAACGUGAUCGCAAUGAACGUGAUCCUAGGGAUAUGGAACGUAAUAGGCGCGAUGACAAACGCAGAAGGCAAUCGCCAUCUAAAUCAAAAGAUUAUGAACGUGAAAAAUUUCGCCAAGCAGAACGCGAUCGAGAGAGAGAACGUGAGAAGGAACGGAACGAAAGGGAUCGUGAACGAGAACGACAAAGAGACAGAGAAAGGGAACGUGAGCGUGACCGCGAAGUUGAAUAUGCACGCAAUACAACCUCUACACCACCAAUAAUAAUCAAAGCAGAAUCCAGUAGCUCAGCAUCUGAAGAGGAGCUUGAUAAAGAAGAGGAACAAAGGCGUUUAGAGCUUGAAAUGAUAAAACGUCGUGAACGCAUUGAACGUUGGCGUGCAGAACGUAAGCUCAAAGAAAUGGAAGCAAAUAAAAAAGAAUUCAAAUCAGUACUACCGCCAACGACUACUAUUCAUUCUGCCAAAAAAUGGAGUCUUGAAGAUGAAUCUGAAGAGGAGGAUAACAGUUUUGUAGUUGAACUCAAGAAGGAGCCAGACUCGCCGCCAUCAAAAUUUCAUCGCAUUAAAAAACCCAAAGAUGACGAUGAUGACGAAAAGGUAUAUAGAUUAAAAUCGAAAAGUAUUGUUAUCGCAGCUAAGGCGAAAAUCGAAGCACUCAGAGAAGAGGAGGAGGCUAAAGAAGAAAAACAAAAAUUGCAAAUUCAGUUACAACAGCAAAAGAUUCAACAACAGCAGUUAGAACAAAGGAAACUAAAGGAAAAGCUAGAAAUGGAGAAACUUGAAGAAAAGUCUAAUACAAUAGAUAAUGCUGGCAAUAAUAUGGCGACUGAUGAAGACGAUGAAAUUGAUCCAUUGGAUGCUUAUAUGCAAGAAGUCGACAAAGAAGUACGGAACGUUAAUCAUAUUGUUACCCAGCCCAAGCAAAAUCAACAGGGCGUCGUUAUCCUUACUGGUGUGGCGAAAAAAACUACAAAGGACAAACAUAAAGGUGAACUUAUUGAACAAAACAUGGACAGCCUAGAGUAUUCCAGCGAAGAGGAAUUGGAAGAUAUAAAGGAUACUGCAGCAAGUUUAGCGAAUAAACAUCGUAAAGAAUUGGCUAAAAUCGAUCAUUCCGGCGUUGAUUACGCAGCAUUUCGUAAAAAUUUCUAUGUCGAAGUACCAGAGCUCGCCCGCAUGACACAGCAAGAAGUUGAAAAAUAUCGCACGGAAUUGGAGGGAAUACAAGUUAAGGGCAAAGGUUGUCCCAAGCCAAUUAAGACGUGGGCUCAAUGUGGUGUUAGCAAAAAGGAAAUGGAUAUUCUACGUAAAUUGUGUUUUGAAAAACCAACUCCCAUACAAUGUCAAGCGAUUCCGGCCAUUAUGUCUGGACGUGAUCUAAUAGGUAUUGCUAAAACAGGCAGUGGCAAAACGCUAGCAUUCAUUUUACCAAUGUUUAGGCACAUUUUGGAUCAACCUCCAUUAGAAGACGGCGAUGGUCCAAUUUCAAUUAUUAUGGCUCCUACCCGUGAAUUGUGUAUGCAAAUUGGCAAAGAUAUUAGGAAAUUUGCAAAAAGUUUAAAUCUACAAGCGGUAUGCGUCUACGGUGGCACAGGUAUCUCGGAGCAGAUCGCUGAAUUAAAAAGGGGCGCCGAAAUUAUUGUAUGCACUCCCGGGCGUAUGAUAGACAUGUUGGCCGCCAAUUCGGGACGUGUGACUAAUUUGAGACGUGUAACAUAUAUAGUGUUGGACGAGGCCGAUCGUAUGUUUGAUAUGGGUUUUGAGCCGCAAGUAAUGCGGAUCAUAGAUAAUGUGCGACCAGACCGACAGACGGUUAUGUUUAGUGCCACAUUCCCUCGUCAAAUGGAAGCUUUGGCACGUCGCAUUCUAAAGAAACCGAUAGAAGUAAUUGUUGGCGCCCGGUCAAUAGUGUGCAAAGAUGUCGCACAGCAUGUUGCCAUAAUGGAGGAUGAUGCUAAAUUCUUUAAACUUUUAGAACUGUUAGGUAUUUAUCAGGAAAAGGGUAGUAUUAUAGUUUUUGUUGAUAAACAAGAAAAUGCCGACAUACUUUUGCGCGAUCUAAUGAAGGCCUCGUAUCCCUGUAUGAGUUUGCACGGAGGCAUUGAUCAGUUCGAUCGAGAUUCGACAAUUUUAGACUUCAAAUCUGGUAAGGUGCGUUUAUUGAUAGCUACAUCUGUAGCAGCUCGCGGUUUAGAUGUGAAGGAUUUAAUUUUAGUUGUUAAUUAUGACGUACCCAAUCACUUUGAAGAUUAUGUUCAUAGGUGUGGUCGAACAGGACGUGCCGGCAAAAAGGGUAGUGCAUGGACAUUUCUCACUCACGAUCAAGGCCGUUAUGCUGGUGACAUUAUAAGAGCCUUGGAGCUUGCCGAAUCUAUAGUACCGGAUGACUUGCAAAAAUUAUGGACUGAUUAUAAAAAUGCUCAAGAAGCUGAAGGAAAGAAAGUUCAUACUGGCGGCGGUUUUAGUGGAAAAGGUUUUAAAUUCGACGAGCAAGAAGCUAAUGCCGCUAAGGAAAGCAAAAAACUUCAGAAAGCUGCGCUGGGUCUUGCUGAUUCCGAUGACGAAGAGGAUAUUGAACAAGAUAUCGACCAGCAAAUUGAACAACUGUUUGCAGCAAAACGCACAGUCAAGGAUACUUCCAUACCCACUCCUGCAGUUACUAUGGUAACCACCCCUACGGCGGGCAGUACGGUCAUUGCAGCUGGCACCGCUCCAGCAGCUUCUGUCAUUACGACACCAGCUGCUGGGGCUUUGGGCUCUGAUAAGCUUGAAUUGGCCAAACGUCUGGCAUCAAAGAUAAGCUCCAAUAAAAACUUAGGAAUCGAUGGCAAGGUUAGCACUCAAGUGGCUGCCGAUGCUAUACUCAAGGGCACCGCAACUGGCCAGCCAAUGAUUACUGCCCGUUCCGUAGUGGAACAGUUGGCUGCCAAACUGAACAAUAAACUCAAUUAUCAACCCAAAGACGAAGAGGAAAUUGCUACCAUAUCUGGAAUUCUUCCCAAUCAACCCAAUUCCUUCACAAAAUAUGAGGAAGAACUCGAAAUUAAUGAUUUCCCCCAACAAGCACGCUGGAAAGUUACUUCAAAAGAAGCUCUGGCUCAAAUAUCCGAAUAUUCAGAAGCUGGUCUUACGGUGCGCGGCACCUAUGUACCAACUGGUAAAAAUCCCCCCGAAGGUGAACGCAAACUUUAUUUGGCCAUAGAAAGCUGUAGUGAACUGGCUGUACAAAAAGCGAAACGGGAAAUAACCCGUCUUAUCAAGGAAGAGUUGCUAAAACUUAGUUCAGCCCAUCACGUCUUCAAUAAGGGAAGAUAUAAAGUACUUUAAUUUGUUUUUUUUUUUUUUUUUGACAGCAAUACAGACAUGUUUUUUCUAAGCGUUCUAAUUCUAUUUGUAGUAAUAUAAUGGACUUUAUUUUGUAAGAAUCGUAACGAUUUUAAAAAUGAAAUAAAAUGAAAAUAAAACAUGA